AGAAAAUAAAAUAAUGCUAAUGAAGCAACCAUUUCCCUGAAGUUCAAAUUUUCAGACUCACUGCCAUUAUGGAUGAGCAGCAAGCUUUGAAUUCAAUCAUGCAGGAUUUGGCUGUGCUUCAUAAGGCCAGUCGUCCUGUACUGCCUCACCAAGAAACAGGAAAACCAAAGUCAUCUUCGCCUAAAAAACAGAACGAUGUUAGAGUCAAAUUUGAACAUCGAGGUGAAAAAAGGAUACUGCAAUUACCAAGGCCUGUUAAACUUGAAGAUCUUGCAGCUAAAGCUAAAGUUGCUUUUGGACAGACUAUGGAUUUACAUUACAGCAAUAAUGAGCUUGUAAUUCCAUUAACCACACAGGAUGACCUAGAUAAAGCUGUUGAACUGCUUGACCGUAGUGUUCAUAUGAAGAGUCUCAAGAUACUGCUUGUAAUACAUGGAAAUACACAGUCACCCAGUGUAAAUAACGUGGAACCUUUGCCCUCAUUGGAAGAUUUAGAUAAUACGGUGUUUGGUGUGACAGACAGAAAAAGGCGACUGUCUGUAAUAGGUUCUAAUACUCGCGAUAGGAGUUCACCUCCCCCAGGAUACAUUCCAGAUGAGCUGCAUCAGGUGGCCCGCAAUGGGUCCUUCACCAGUAUCAACAGUGAAGGUGAAUUCAUUCCAGAAAGUAUGGAUCAGAUGCUGGAUCCAUUGUCUUUGAGCAGUCCUGAAAACUCUGGCUCGGGAAGCUGUCCCUCACUUGACAGCCCUUUAGAUGGAGACAACUAUCCCAAAUCUCGGAUGCCAAGAGCACAGAGCUAUCCAGAUAAUCAUCAGGAAUUCUCAGUAGAGUAUGAUAUCCCAAUAUUUGAGAAAUUUGGAAAGGGGGGGACUUAUCCACGAAGAUACCAUAUUUCAUAUCAUCAACAAGACUACAAUGAUGGUCGUAAAACUUUUCCAAGAGCCAGAAGGACUCAGGGGAACAGCUUCCGAUCACCAGUUAGUUUCAGUCCCACUGAUCACUCACUGAGUACCAGUAGUGGAAGCAGCGUCUUUACGCCGGAAUAUGAAGAUAACCGAAUGAGGAGGAGGGGAAGUGAUAUAGACAAUCCUACUUUGUCAGUUAUGGACAUCAGCCCACCCAGUCGCUCACCACGAGCUCCAACUAACUGGAGACUUGGUAAACUGCUGGGUCAAGGUGCAUUUGGCAGAGUAUAUCUGUGUUAUGAUGCUGAUACCGGAAGAGAACUGGCUGUUAAACAAGUUCAGUUUGAUCCUGAUAGUCCAGAAACCAGCAAGGAAGUAAAUGCACUUGAAUGUGAGAUUCAGUUGCUGAAAAAUCUGCUGCAUGAAAGAAUUGUUCAGUAUUAUGGCUUCUUGAGAGAUCCACCGGAAAGAACACUCUCUAUAUUCAUGGAAUAUAUGCCUGGGGGUUCCAUCAAAGACCAACUGAAAUCAUAUGGAGCACUUACAGAGAAUGUGACUCGUAAAUAUACACGGCAGAUUUUGGAAGGAGUUCACUAUUUGCACAGUAAUAUGAUUGUCCAUCGAGAUAUUAAAGGGGCAAAUAUUCUGCGAGAUUCAGCAGGUAAUGUGAAGCUUGGUGACUUUGGUGCCAGCAAACGACUGCAGACGAUAUGUCUCUCUGGUACAGGAAUGAAGUCUGUCACAGGAACUCCAUACUGGAUGAGUCCAGAAGUUAUUAGUGGAGAAGGGUACGGCAGAAAAGCAGAUAUCUGGAGCGUAGGUUGUACAGUGGUAGAAAUGCUCACUGAGAAGCCCCCGUGGGCAGAGUUCGAAGCAAUGGCUGCCAUCUUUAAAAUUGCCACUCAGCCAACCAACCCUCAGCUACCACCUCAUGUCUCCGACCAUGCUCGGGAUUUCUUGAAACGGAUUUUUAUCGAGGCCAAGCUGCGACCAUUUGCAGAUGAACUGCUAAGACACACGUUUGCACACUAUCACUAACAGCCUGCCUCAACUCAGCUUGCAUCUACUGCAUUUAUUUUCUAUUUGACUGCACUUUUAUUUUUAUUUUUUACAGAAAAAAGGAGCAAAAAGACAAGAGAGAGAAUAUUCUCUUGAAUCUUUGUUUCACUUAGAUUGUAAACAAUCUAAAUUUUGUAUCUAAAAUGAGAAUCUUCUCUCCCCCGCUCCCACCAGGACUAGAACUUUUUGUUUCUAUGAUGUACUGAUGUGGUUCAUGUAGAUAAAGCACUUUAGUACAUAUUUGUUCCUUAUUUA